AUGUCUCGGCCUUUGAGCCAGAUCAAUGCAAAGAUGAAGUCUUCAAAGUCGGCUUCAGAUGCCCAAAAUAAAGCCGUGGUAGCCUUCGGUAGCAACCUUGGAGACCGACUUGCCAACAUCGAGGCUGCGCUCUCCAGAAUGAGAGAAAACGACCUCCGAGUUCUUAAGCUGAGCUCCCUAUAUGAAACCAAACCAAUGUACUACGAUGAUCAGGAUCCUUUUCUGAACGGCGUUUGUCAGAUUGAGACCAGUCUUGCACCACUACAAUUACUGGAUGUCUUGCAGGCCAUUGAGAAUGAAUUGGGCAGAAAACGCUUGAUUGACAAGGGACCCAGGACGGUUGAUCUUGAUGUCAUCCUCUACAACCAAGACUACUUCAAGCACCCUCGGCUCAACAUCCCGCAUAUUCUGAUGCUGGAGAGAGAGUUCGUGCUCAGACCUCUUGCAGAGUAA